AUGGCGGAACAUUCCAUUGUGGAACAUUCUAUCGAGGACUUCGCUGAGAUGGACGACGCGAUUACUUCAUGGGAAGAUACGAAGGCAGCUUUCCGCAAGCGCUACGGACUAGGAGACAAGUUUAAUGCGAAACAGAUGAUGCUUGCUGCGACCCAGUGUGUCGGAGAGAGCUCCGCGAACUUUGCGUUCCGAAAACUGGAACUUGUGGAUAAGAGCGAGUAUCCUACAGUGCAAAAGGACAAGUGUGAAGUAAUCAUCGAGUCAUUUCUGGCAAGUGUCAAGAAACAUUUCUUCGACAAGGAGUUCACCUCCCUAGAUGAUCUCCUGGAGUCAUUGCUUCGGUACGACAGACUGACUGCAUCUCACAAGCCCAAGGAGCAAGAGAAGGGACAAAAGCAAGUUCGUAGCAAAGCUGAACAAGUAUUUCACAUCUCGCCGACUCCUCGUACAUUGCCUCCUACGCGAAGUUUCCCAGAACAGCGCUCAGGGAUCUCUCAAAAGUCUCCAACAGGAAAUAUGCAGAAGACCACUCCCGUCAAGCCUAAGCAAUUACCGGAGCUACGAGCACGUCCAGCGCCACGAAACGCUGAGUCACCUAGGACAUCUCCCAGGUCAAAGAAUCACCGCGAGGUCCAAACAAGGGUUUAUGGCAGGCGCAACGUCACCGAUUUCGGGAAACAAAUCACUGAUCUCUCUGACACCUGCAUCGAGGCAUUAGUUGUGAAUCACGUCAAGUGCAGUAUACCAGCAGCUACUACGAAGGUCAUCCCUAUCACUCUGAACGGACGUCGACAAUUAGCGCUUUUAGACUCUGGUUCUUCAAGGUCCCUGUUGAAUGCGAGUGUUGCUGAUGCGCUAGGACUUCAUAUUGCAGCAUCAUCUGUGCGACUGGAAGGAGCCAACGGUCAACUCCUCAUAGUUAAAGCGCAGGUCAAAGCAACAGUCUUAGCUGAUGACCAGACUCUCGACCACCCAUUCAUCGUUGUCCCUCAAUUGCAAGCAGACAGAGUGUUGUUGGGGAAUGAUUUCCUCGAGUCCUCCCAGGCUGUUAUUGAGUGCAGCAGAGAUACCUUCCAAGUAACUGCCAACACAUCUAGGCAACGGGUUCGGCUGUUGAAACAAGUUGUGGUACCUCCCCGCUCUCGAAAGUCAGUGAAGGUCAAAGUAUUCAACCACGAGGAUGCGGUCAUGGUGACAAGCACAGACCUCUCUACAAAACGGUUUGGACUGGACGUGGAACCCAUAAAUGCUAGCGACGUUGGACACUGCUUGGUUCAGCCUCACGCAAUUCCAACAAAGGAUGUGGUACCAGUAGCUCAGCGACCAAGGCGGCUAUCACCAGCACAAAGAGACCUCGUCAAAGCGAUGAUCAAAGACCUCGUUGACGCUGGCUUGAGAAAAAAGGAUGGAUCUACACGCAUGUGUGUGGACUACAGAAAACUCAAUGCCGUAACAGAAGAUUCCGUGUAUCCUUUUCCCCUCAUUGAAGAUGCCCUACAAGCCUUGACAGGUUGCAAGUACUUCUCAGUCAUGGACCUUGCACCUGGGUUUCAUCAAAUUCCGAUGAAAGAAGAGGACAUUGAGAAGAUUGCCUUCGUAACGCCUUGGGGUCUUUACGAGUAUCUGAGGAUGCCUUUCGGAUUAAAAGGAGCACCGUUCACUUGCCAAAGAGAAGUCGACGCAGUAAUCGACGAUGCCAAAUUAAAUUAUGCCCUCGUGUACAUGGACGACUGCGUUGUUUACGGCAAUACUUUUGACGAACACCUGGAUCAUCUGACUACCAUUCUUCAACGCUUUAAAGGGGCAGACUUAAAGCUCAAGACACAGAAAUGUUCAUUCUUUUCUACCAAGAUAUCUUACUUGGGACACGUUGUUACGAGACACUGCGUAUCACCUGAUCCUGCAAAGGAAUCGGUCAAACAGUCACCGUUCUUCUUGGUCUACGGCCGUGACCCUGUUCUACCCCUCGACGUGGUCUUCAACCGCCAGGAGCUUGGUGAACUAAAGGACGUCGAGAACUACACUGCACUGGUUCACCAAAGACUCAUGCGUGCAAGGCAACUGGCUGCAGAAAACAUCAAGCUUGCCCAAGAGAGGCAAAAGUCUUACUUUGAUCGAGGACGCAAGGACAUAACUUUUGAGAAGGGACGGUUAGUUCUUCUGAGGAGUCCACCUACUGACAUAAAGGGUUCAAAGAAGUUCAUCGGACCAUUCCGACUGGUGGCUCGUCUGAAUCCUGUGAACUACGAGAUAGAGUUGGAAGAUGAGUCCAGAAGCGACAUAGUCCACGUCGAAAAGCUAUUCGUAUAA